UCUAUUUUCACAACAACAAGCAUGGCGGACGAACGGGACCUUCCCUUCAAGUCAGAAUAUGCAAAGAGUGGUCGAUCGUCGUGUAAAGCAUGUGCCAUGUCGAUCUCCAAGGAUACUCUACGUCUGGCCAUCAUGGUUCAGUCACCCAUGUUUGAUGGAAAGAUUCCAAAUUGGUUCCAUUUUGCCUGCUUUUGGAAACGUGCCAGAGUAGAAGAUGCUAACCACAUCCAUGGAUUUGAUGCCUUACGAUGGGAAGAUCAAGAAAAGAUCAAAGAAAAAGUGGCAGGAGGAGGUGGAGGAGGAGGAGGAGGAGGAGGAGAUGCUGCUGGGGGAGAUACAUCUGGAGACUAUGAAACAGAAUACGCAAAAUCUGGUCGUAGUGGAUGUAGAGGCUGUGGAGACAAGAUAGCACAGGGUGCUGUACGAAUUGCCAUAAAAGACUUUGAAAGUGAAAGAGCCAAGUUAUAUGGCCCUCAGAAUCUGUGGUAUCACGUUGACUGCUUUGUGGCUGAUAGAGAAGAUCUUGAAUUCACAAAAGAUAAAAACCCAGACAAAAUUAAAGGUUUUAAUCGAUUAAAAAAGGAAGACCAGCAGGAAUUGUUAACAAAACUGGGAAAAGGUGACAAAAGUAAGAAGCGAAAAGGAGACGCAAAGGCAGAUACUGGUGGCAAAAAGGCAAAGAAAGAAGAAUCAGAAGAAGAAAAAAUUCUCCGGGAACAAAGUCAGCUUAUUUGGAAAUACAGAGACCUCCUCACCAAGAGUGUAUCUAACAAUGCAAUGAAAGUAAUGUUACAACUAAAUGGUCAAGAGCUACCCACAGGUGAAAGUCGACUCCUAGAUGCCUGUACAGAUGCUAUGGUGUUUGGAGCACUUGAGAAGUGUCCUGAGUGCAAGAAGGGUCAACUUGUAUACUCUGCUGUUGGGUACAAAUGUACAGGAAACAUGACGGAAUGGACCAAAUGUAUGUAUAUCACAAAGACGCCCAAACGAAAGAACUUCAAAGUUCCAAAGGAUUACUAUGACGUGCCUUUCCUAAAAAAUUUCAAGUUUCAAAAAAGAGAACGAGCAUUUAGUUCUGCUGCGGUGGUAAGCUCUCUAGAUGGCUCAUUGGACACAGUGGAUUCAGGAGCUGGGCCAUCCUCCUCAUCAUCUCAGUCAUUGGAGGGAAUGAAGUUUGUCUUGGGGAAAACAGAAAAACCUAAGGAGGAAAUCAGUCGAGAGAUCACCAAGCUUGGAGGAUUCAUUGUUAACAAAAUGGCGUCUGAUGUUGCAGCUUGUAUUUCCACAAAGAAGGAGGUAGAUAAAAAGUCCAAGGUGAUAAAAGACGCUGAAAAGGCAGACAUUCAUGUUGUGGAUGAGGGAUUUUUAGACAGUGUACAGAAAGGUGGCGCACUCCUUAUGAUACAGACUCACUCUAUAGCAUCCUGGGGUGCAGAUCCGACAUUGCGUGUGAGUUUACCGUCUUCAAGCAAGAGUGGUGGAAAGAAGAGUGGCAAGAGUUAUGGUGCAUACAAAGAUUCUGCAGAGAAGAUGUAUACUAAAAGAGUCCCAAAAACAAUGAAAAUGACUGUGAAAGGUGGGGCUGCUGUAGACCCUGACUCAGGCUUGGAGAGUUCAGCACACAUCUUGGAAGAUAAAGGAAACAUAUACAAUGCUGUCUUGGGGAUGGUAGAUGUUGUAAAGGGAACUAACUCUUUCUACAAAAUACAAGCCCUGGAGCAUGAUAAUGGUGGAAGAUGGUGGUUGUUCCGAUCAUGGGGAAGAGUGGGAACAACUAUAGGCAGCAAUAAGAUUGAACGAUGUGAUUCUCGAGUAAGUGUCAUAAGAUCCAUGGAAGCCCUUUAUAUGGAAAAAACAGGCAAUUCUUGGGCUGACAGGAAAAACUUCGUCAAACAGGCCAACAAAUUCUACCCUCUGGAGAUUGAUUACGGUCAGGAUGACGAAGAGGUUGUGACCACACUUAAGACUGGGGGAAAGUCCAAGCUCCCUAAAGCUGUACAAGAUCUAAUUUGCAUGAUAUUUGAUGUAGAAAGCAUGAAGAAAGCCAUGUUGGAGUUUGAGAUUGAUUUGAAGAAGAUGCCACUUGGGAAGUUAUCAAAGCGACAAAUUGAAUCGGCCUAUACUGUACUGACUGAGUUGACAGAGCUUAUUUCAAAAGGUGGCACUCAGACACAGUUCCUGGAUGCUACAAAUAGGUUUUACACUUUGGUACCUCAUGACUUUGGAAUGAAGAAGCCACCUCUAAUAAACUCUCUAGAUGUUAUAAAGGCCAAGACAGACAUGAUCAAUAACCUGCUGGAUAUAGAAGUUGCUUACGGCAUGCUGAAGGGAGGCGACACUGGGGAAGAUCCUGUGGAUGCUCAUUACAGGAAACUUAACACAGAAAUCGAGCACUUGGAUAUUAAGUCUGAUGAGUGCCAGAGGUUGUUGGACUAUGUAAAGAAUACGCAUGCUGCCACACAUAACCAGUAUGACUUGGAGGUGCAAGACAUCUUCCAAAUCCUUCGCGAUGGUGAGAAAGCAAGGUAUUCACCCUUCCGAGACCUUCCUAACCGCCAGCUUUUGUGGCAUGGUUCUCGUACAACCAACUAUGCAGGUAUCCUUUCUCAGGGACUGAGGAUUGCCCCACCUGAGGCCCCUGUGACUGGGUACAUGUUCGGUAAAGGUGUGUACUUUGCAGACAUGGUAUCAAAGAGUGCCAACUAUUGCCGAACAUCGAAGAAUGAUCCCGUCGGUAUAAUGUUACUGUGUGAGGUUGCGCUUGGAAAUAUGUAUGAGAGGUAUGGAGCAGAUUACAUAGAUAAACUACCUAAAGGGAAACACAGUUGCAAAGGUAUUGGUAUGUCAUGCCCUGACCCGGCAGGAUCAUAUGUCCUCCCAGAUGGUUCAGUUAUCCCUAUGGGUAAAGGUGUACCCUCUACCCAGGGCCGAUCUAGUCUCCUGUACAAUGAAUACAUUGUUUACGACGUGGCACAGAUCAACAUGAAGUACCUGCUCAAGGUCAACUUUAAACAUAAGUGGUGAUUGAGAAGAUUGGAGUGUGAAGUACAAAGCUAGAGUUGCUUCAAUAUUGCAGGUCGUCAAUUUUCCCGUAUUAAAUCUGGAUAAGACGACGAUGAAGUUUAACAGUAAAACUGAGUACGUGUGUAUAUUGAAGUAUUUCAGCUGUACUUAAACACAUCUUUCUCAGGAGAACAAAUCCAAGAACUUUCAUGGUGUGAAACAAAUUCCAGGGUUGUUACAAAUCUGAACAGAACUGUCCAGGUGUUUUGAUACUGUUUUGAGUAAAUUUUGGAUGUGUCCAUCAAGAGUUUGACCAUGAUUGGUGAACAAAUAUUGUAUUAGUCGAGGUAUUAUGCGGUGCAUUAAAACCAUUACCUGGGUUACAUGUUAUCAGUGAUUACAAUCCAUUUCUUAUUGCUUCAUUCCUCAUUGACAUUUAGUAACUUGUUUUGUCUCGCACAGUAAAAAGCCGUCACGUCAUAUUAUAGUGCUUUAGUAGAUCAUGUUUGGACAAAUCUGUUUGAUGUUAGUGGAGUAAUUCUGGUUGAUAUAAACAUUGUUAAAAUACAUGUUAAGUGUGUUAAGACGGGUGUUUUUAUGAAGUCUUUGUUAAUAUUUUUGAAUGGUUGUGUGUAUCAGUUGUGUACAGUUUUUCUACCAAAAUAGAUAAAUCUAUCUUCACUAAUUCUAGACUGUGUGGGAUUAUGUUUAGUUUCAGGCAACAUUUUCUCAUUAAAUCAACAAAAUAAUUAGAUCUGAUUGGAACAAAGUCAUAAUAAAUGGGUACUCUGUGAAAUAAACACUUCAUCAAUGAGUACUCGGUGAAAUAAAUAUUUUAUCAAUGGGUACUCGGUGAAAUAAACACUUCAUCAAUGGGUACUCGGAGAAAUAAACACUUCAUCAAUGGUUACUCGGUGAAAUAAACACUUCAUCAAUGGGUAUUCUGUGAAAUAAACACUUCAUCAAUGGGUACUCUGUGAAAUAAACGCUUUAUCAAUGAGUACUCGGUGAAAUAAAUAUUUUAUCAAUGGGUACUCGGUGAAAUAAACACUUCAAAGUUUAUCAAUGGGUACUCUGAAAUGAAAAAUUCAUCAAUGGGUACUCGGUGAAAUAAACACUUCAUCAAUGGGUACUCUGUGAAAUAAACACUUCAUCAAUGGGUACUCUGUGAAAUAAACACUUCAUCAAUGGGUACUCUGUGAAAUAAACACUUCAUCAAUGGGUACUUGGUGAAAUAAACACUUCAUCAAUUGGUACUCGGUGAAAUAAACACUUCAUCAAUGGGUACUCAGAGAAAUAAACACUUCAUCAAUGGUUACUCGGUGAAAUAAACACUUCAUCAAUGGGUAUUCUGUGAAAUAAACACUUCAUCAAUGGGUACUCGGUGAAAUAAACACUUCAAAGUUUAUCAAUGGGUACUCUGAAAUGAAAAAUUCAUCAAUGGGUACUCGGUGAAAUAAACACUUCAUCAAUGGGUACUCUGUGAAAUAAACACUUCAUCAAUGGGUACUCUGUGAAAUAAACACUUCAUCAAUGGGUACUCUGUGAAAUAAACGCUUUAUCAAUGAGUACUCGGUGAAAUAAAUAUUUUAUCAAUGGGUACUCGGUGAAAUAAACACUUCAAAGUUUAUCAAUGGGUACUCUGAAAUGAAAAAUUCAUCAAUGGGUACUCGGUGAAAUAAACACUUCAUCAAUGGUUACUCGGUGAAAUAAAUAUUUCAUCAAUGGGUACUCUGUGAAAUAAACACUUCAUCAUUGGGUACUCGGUGAAAUAAACACUUCAUCAAUGGGUACUCGGUGAAAUGAACACUUCAUCAAUGGGUACUCGAUGAAAUAAACACUUCAUCAAUGGGUACUCGGUGAAAUAAACACUUCAUCAAUGGGUACUCGGUGAAAUAAACGCUUCAUCAAUGGGUACUCGAUGAAAUAAACGCUUCAUCAAUGGUUACUUGGUGAAAUAAACACUGCAUCAAUGGGUACUCGAUGAAAUGAAUAGUUCAUCAAUUGGUACUCGUGAAAUAUAACACUAGUUUAUCCGUAAAGAAAAGGUUUGUUACCACAGACUAAGUUGGUAAAGAAAUAGAAAAGGUUUCCUUAGCUACACUAGUAUCCAUAACACAUUUAUCAAUAAAUAAUAUCAAUUUAA